UGUAGAAUGAAAAUGGUAGUGUUGUUCGCACCAUAUACCUUCUCCUCAUUCUCCUUCAAAUUUAGUAUGCAGUUAGGAGCUGGGUUGUCAACAGCACCAAAUUCCAGGUCCACUUGCUGGCUUCUUCGCUCUCCUUCGAGCUUCAAAGAGGAAAGUGAAAAGUAAAGGAAAAAAAAUCUAAAGAAAAGGGAGUGAAAAGCUGAAUAGCUUCAAUGUCGUCCGUACUCAACACAGUUUCUUCCUUAAGGCUAUCCAGAAUCUACAGAAUCAACAGCAAUAACAACAACAACAACAAUCACCUCCGAAUCCCAAUUCACUCCGUUUUAAAUCCUCCUUCUGUCUCUUUCACCCGACGGAGGUUGACUGUGAGAGCGGCGGAUACUGAUACUAAUGAGGUAAAAUCUAAGGCACCGGACAAGGCACCUGCGAGUGGUGGGUCAAGCUUCAACCAACUUCUUGGUAUCAAAGGAGCUGCUCAAGAAACUGAUAAAUGGAAGAUUCGUCUUCAACUUACAAAGCCAGUUACUUGGCCUCCAUUGGUAUGGGGAGUAGUUUGUGGAGCUGCUGCUUCAGGGAACUUCCACUGGAAUCCAGAGGAUGUUGCCAAAUCAAUUCUUUGCAUGAUAAUGUCAGGUCCGUGUCUGACAGGCUAUACUCAGACUCUCAACGACUGGUAUGAUAGAGAGAUUGAUGCAAUUAAUGAGCCUUAUCGUCCAAUCCCUUCAGGGGCAAUCUCUGAGAAAGAGGUAAUUAGCCAAAUCUGGUUGCUACUCUUAGGAGGCCUUGGCAUAGCUGCUGUACUAGACGUUUGGGCAGGGCAUGACUUCCCUAUUGUAUUUUACCUUGCGUUGGGAGGAUCCUUGCUAUCAUACAUAUACUCUGCUCCUCCUUUAAAGUUGAAACAAAAUGGCUGGAUUGGAAAUUUUGCUCUUGGAGCAAGCUAUAUCAGUUUGCCCUGGUGGGCUGGUCAAGCUUUGUUUGGGACCCUUACACCAGACAUAAUUGUUCUCACACUCUUGUACAGCAUAGCUGGGUUGGGGAUUGCCAUUGUUAAUGACUUCAAAAGUAUCGAAGGAGACAAAGCUCUAGGAUUACUGUCAAUUCCUGUAGCCUUUGGUGCUGAAACAGCUAAAUGGAUUUGUGUCGGUGCUAUUGACAUAACUCAAAUAUCUGUUGCUGGUUAUCUUCUAGGGGCUGGUAAGCCAUAUUAUGCGCUCGCCCUACUUGCUUUGAUAAUUCCACAAGUUGUGUUUCAGUUCCAAUACUUCCUAAAGGAUCCUGUCAAAUACGACGUUAAGUAUCAGGCAAGUGCACAGCCAUUUCUGGUGCUUGGUUUGCUGGUGACUGCUUUAGCAACGAGCCACUGAUGAAAUGUAACUGCUGUACCAGACGACAAGAGAUGAGAGAUCAAAGCGAGUUGAUGUGCAGUGUAGAUUGUGAAAGGCGAAAAAAGCUACCGAAUGAAGCAGCUCUCAAAUAUAGUAUCUAAAUUAUGUGAGCUUCCGCGCGUCCAGUGGUUUCUUUUUCUUCCACAACUGCCAAUUUUUCUCUAUUUCAUUGUAGUUUUUGCCUUCUGCCUUCUCUGCUUUUUCCCUCUUUUUCUUGUGUAGUCUCUUUUAAAGUGUUACAAAAAGGCAUAAUAUAGUUGCUACUAAUGGCAAU